CGAGUCGGGAGCCGGCCUCUGGGGAGGCGGUGUCCCGGGGGCCGGGCGGGCGGCGCUCUCCGGAGGUUCCGCGGGGUGAGGCGGGGCCAGAAGGAAGGGCCUGCACCCGAGGUCAGGGCCAGCGGGCAGUGGGCGGUCCCUCCCUGUGAGCGCCGCAGGGUCCGCCAUCCGCAGCCCGGUCAGCGCGGUGACCACUGUCCCCGGGGACGUUCCUCCGGGUGCAAGGGGAGGGUCGGUGUGGUGGGAAGCACCUACCGUCUGGAUCAACAGCGCAUCCUACAACGGGCAGGGAAAACCCCAGAAGAUGGGACUGCAUCUCAUACAUCACUGCUGAAUACCGUUGUAGAGACCUCGGAAGUGGUGCCCGGGGCCAGGCUGUGCUGCUGAGGGGCUGGCCAAGCCGUCUUUGGUUUGUGUCCGUAGUCCUUCGGCGAAUGAUUGCGUUGAAAGGAAAAAGGAAGACUUGAGAGGGUUCAUGGGAGAAGGCUGUAUUAAGCAUGGCUCUUGCACCAAAAGAACCUGCUGAUUAUUAAGCUAUAUUUACAUGUAAUUUCGAAGAUAAAACUGAAGGCCCAGCAAUAGGAAGAAGCCACCAUGACAUUGUUCCUCUGAUUGUCCUUAGAGACCAGACUUACACCUCUCUGCUUGACUUGAGCCUCUAAAAUGCAGGCCUCCAGCUCCAGGUCUGUACACCUGAGUGACUGGCAGAAGAAUUACUUUGCACUUACAUCUGGUACAUGUACACCUGGACAGAAGGCAGAUGCCUACCGAGCGCAGAUACUCCACAUUCAGUAUGCAUGGGCAAACUCUGAUAUCUCCCAGGUCUGUGCUACUACACUGUUCAGAAAAUAUGCAGAGAAAUAUUCUGCAGUUAUUGAUUCUGACAACGUUGAAACUGGCUUGAAUAACUAUGCAGAAAGCAUUUUAACUCUUGCAAGAUCUCAGCAAACUGACAGUGACAAAUGGAAGUCUGGAUUGUCAGUAAAUAAUGUGUUCAAACUGAGCAAUGUGCAGGAGAUGAUGCGUGCUGGCAAGAAAUCCAAAGACUCUCUGUUGGCGCCUGCUGAUGCAUCACUAGUCAUCCACAAAGAGGCCACUGUCUUUGACCUUCCUGCAUUUAGCGUUUGUGGUGGUUCUGGGGAGAGCAACCUGUUGACUAACUCAGCCCAUGGUGCUGACAGGACUCAAGAGUUUGCAGAGGGUGGUCCUUCUUUGAUGUGCCCUCAGAGUGCACAGCCACCUCUGGUCAUUAACACCACUAAGACGUGUCCUGUAGCCUCAGCACCUUUUGGUGAGUCAGCCCUUGCAAAGUCCCAUGCCAAACCAUUAUUUGGGAAUGUCAAAACGGAAAAUAACAGCUUUCUAAAAGGCAAUAUAGGUCUCAAUGUGUUCUCAUCUAAUCAGUCUUGUUUUCCUUCUUUCUGUGAAAAUAGACGGGACAGAAAAGCUUUUUAUGGUGCUGGCACCACUGAUGCACUUUCCAACCCAAUACUGAAUAAGGCUUUUAGUAAAACAGAAGAUAAUGGCCAAAGAGGGGAGAGCAGCCUGCCUGCUUUUAAAACUGCAAAGGAACAGUUAUGGGUAGAUCAGCAGAAAAAGCACCACCAGCCCCAGCGUGCAUCAGGGUCUUCAUAUGGUGGAGUGAAAAAGUCUCUGGGGGCUGGUAGAUCCCGAGGGAUAUUUGGAAAGUUUGUUCCUCCUGUACCUAAGCAAGAUGGGGGAGAUCUGGGUGGGGGGAUGCAGUAUAAGCCUCAGGGUGCAGGUGCUGCAGACCCAGCACAUCCCAUGGACGAGCGUCUGAAGAACUUGGAGCCCAGAAUGAUUGAACUUAUUAUGAAUGAGAUUAUGGAUCAGGGACCUCCAGUAAAUUGGGAAGAUAUCGCAGGCGUGGAAUUUGCCAAGGCCACAAUAAAGGAGAUAGUUGUGUGGCCCAUGUUGCGGCCAGACAUCUUCACUGGCCUACGAGGACCCCCUAAAGGCAUUCUGCUCUUCGGUCCCCCUGGCACUGGUAAGACUCUGAUUGGCAAAUGCAUUGCUAGUCAGGCUGGGGCAACGUUCUUCAGUAUCUCUGCUUCCUCCUUGACUUCCAAGUGGGUGGGUGAGGGGGAGAAAAUGGUCCGUGCAUUGUUUGCUGUAGCAAGAUGUCAGCAACCAGCUGUGAUAUUUAUUGAUGAAAUUGAUUCCUUGUUAUCUCAACGUGGAGAUGGUGAGCACGAAUCUUCUAGAAGGAUAAAAACUGAAUUUCUAGUUCAGUUAGAUGGGGCAGCCACGUCUUCUGAAGACCGUAUUCUGGUGGUGGGAGCAACCAACCGGCCACAAGAAAUUGACGAGGCUGCCCGGAGAAGGCUGGUGAAAAGGCUGUAUAUUCCCCUCCCAGAAGCUUCAGCCAGGAAACAGAUAGUAGUUAAUCUGAUGUCCAAGGAGCAGUGCUGCCUCAGUGAGGAGGAGCUCGCGCUGGUGGUGCAGCAUUCUGACGGGUUCUCUGGGGCAGACAUGACUCAGCUGUGCCGGGAGGCAUCUCUGGGUCCUAUUCGCAGUUUGCAAGCUGUUGACAUUGCCACCAUAACGCCUGAUCAAGUUCGCCCAAUAGCUUACAGUGACUUUGAAAAUGCUUUCAGAACUGUGCGACCUAGUAUAUCUCCUGAAGAUUUAGAGCUUUAUGAAAACUGGAAUAGGACUUUUGGUUGUGGAAAAUAAAUGGGACACUUAGGAUGGCAUCUUUGUAGUCUUGUCUUUCUACUUAAAUUAAUGAAUUGUGAAAUGUAUAUUCUGAAUCUGUACCUUAAAAUAAAAUGAUAUGUUAACUUUUACAGUUGAUUGACUUAGACUAUAUUAAUAUAAGCUCAAUUUUUAUUCCAGUUGUUUCCUGAUAUUUAAGCCUAUACAUACAAGAUAGGAAUGCACUUUUUUUGUUUUGUUGCUAAGAGGUCUUUUCAGAAUGUAACUGUGAUGAAUAGUAAGCUCAAACAGAAAUUUUUUAAAAAUGUGAUUUGUGUAUGAAAAUGUAUCUGAUUUACAUGCAUGUUUUAUUGAAGAAGGUUUCUUGUGAGGAUCACAUCAUGUUUAGUGUUGGCUAGUGUAGUGGUUUACAUUAGAAACUGAGUGUUGUUUACUGUUGUUUAAUGAUCUCAACCAAAGCUAGAGUAAAAGUGCCAGUUUUUACUUUGUUCUGGCAUGUAAUCUCUGAUGGUUUCCUUCCUUUACCAAGACUGAACAUGUUCAGAAAUGGGUGUAAUCUAAUAUCAGAACAGAAAGGGGAAGAAUGUGUUUUUCCAGGGGGUAGGUGAUGUUUACAAUUAGUAUUUUAUUUGACACUAUAGCCUAUAGGGUUGGUUUCAUUCAAAAAUGUUUUUAGGUUUUUCAAAUAGACUUUCAUAUUACAAAUAAUACAUGUUCUGUGUAGAAACAUUAUGAAAUAGAGGUGAGCAAAAGAAAAUAAAAAUCACUGUUACCUUACCAUUUAGAGGAGCACACUGUUAACAUCUGUGUCGCUUCUUCCAGACGUUUAUACAGGAGCAGGGUUGUGCUCUGUGUUCUCGUUUGUAGUUUGCUUUUUUCUUUAAAGUAUGUGAGUCAUCAUCUUCCACAUUGACGUCUUCCCUUAUGUAAGUGCCUGGGAUCCUAUGGUAUGGAUGGCCUAUAAUUUAGUCAGCCCUCUGUUGGAGGACAUUUAAAUCAGGUCAUUAGGUUCACCUUUUGUUUACUGUAAACAGAAAUAUAUUAAAUGCCUUAGUGAUCUUUUAAAAAUUAUAAACAUUUCUUGUAUAAAAUUCUUGGAUUAAGGAUUUUUCAGGCUUCUAGCAUGUGCUCUAUUAUAAAUUGCCCUCUGAAACAGUGACACCCUGUGUAAAAUUCCCACAUGCACUGAAUCAAAGUGCCUGUUUACCUGUACCAGCUGGACAGAUGCAGGGAUUGUUAGCAUUCUUUUGCAUCCAUUCAUUCAAAAAACUUAUCAGAUGCCAGGCAGUGUUCUAGGUGGUGAAAAUAGACCAGUGAACAACACAGUUUUCAUGGAGAUUACUUGCAUGUUCUGAUGUUUUGAGAACAAUACAAUGUAAGAAAUGAAAUUUGAAAGUUUUAGUAGGUGAAUUUAGGCAAUUUAUAUUUAAUUUUUAUUCUUGGU